AUGCUCUUUAAUACCAUCUUUACGCUCCUUUGGGCGGCAGCGCUCGUCUCUGCCUUCCCCUCCCUGUCCCUACCGAAAUGGUCGCCAUCGCGUCGCAGCAGUGUCGCAGCGGCGCCGGCGCAGCCCGAGCCAACCCUGGUCACCUCCGAUCUCGCCACCGUGCCCGGCGGCUUUUGCGGCUGGGUGGCCGUGGAGGUGCCGGUAGAAGGGCCCGAGGAAACCAAGACUGAGGAGCACACCGGACAGCAGCAAACCGGACAGCAGCAUAGCGGCCAACAGCAUAGCGGCCAGCAACACGGCGGCAAGCAAUCCCAAGAUGAGGGACAGCACAGGGCUUCUGCGCCCAGUCAAACCCUGGCCCCGAGCGUCCACUGGAGCUGGGAUACCAGCGCCGUGGAGAAUGUUGAGCCUGUUGCCGCCAAGGACGAUUCAAAGAUGUACUACGGUGUAUCUGAGCCGGCCAAGGAGGGCUACUUUGCCUUCCUCACCUAUCGCUUCACGCUGCCAUCCGUCAACCUUGACCACUCCAACCACGUCCAGGUGGAAUACACCAAGGACAGUAACCUGGUCGUCAAGUUCAAGACGUCAGACUCAUUUGAGCGCGCCGUUGAAAGUUGGGAGACCGAUAAGGACCUGCUGCUGAUUGCGACUGCUGAUGGCUGCACCGGCCCCUCGGCCGAGGAUCGCUGCUACUUCCGGGCGACCAGCUGCACGGUGCACGUGGAAACGCGGGUGAUUAUCGCCGUCGGAGCGCCCGAGCACCCUGAGAAUGUCAUGGAGUCUGCCGAAACCGAAUGGGGCUUGUGGGCGCCGCACAGCACACCCGGGGCGAACGCGACCGGGUCGGCUGGCAACUCGUUCAAUUACACGACCGGCUCUUCUGGAAAGGCACCUUCCACUCCCUCACAUGACGCCCACGGCUUGGCGGUUGCCUCGUUUGGCCCGUCCUUUGACAGCGCGCUCGACGACGCGCUCGGAUACCAUGCGCUGCUUCCUGGCUCCGAAGCCUUCCUGAACCGCAUCAUCGCCGACGGCGAAGCCAUCGCCACUACCAAGAACACUUCGGCCACCGACUGUGUCGAGCCCGGCUCCAAUGCUCUCCGUCGCCGUCGCAUGCUCCAGGCUCGCCGCGCACUGCACGCGCGCGGAUGGUGGUCCAACCUGUGGAACGGCUUCGUGGACGCCGUCAAGACGGCGUAUAACACCGUCGCCGACGCGCUCUCCAUCAAGGGCGACUUCAACGAGCCCGUGUCCUGGGACCUGCCCGGCGCGGACAUCCCUCGGGAGGCUUCGCCGUGGAGCCCCAACUCGAUCGCGCUGUUCAAGCACGAGACGACCUCCGAAUCCGGCGAGUUCCACGAGCACGUCCACAUCUACUGCGUCGACUGCGGCGUUUCCGGCCAGGCCGUCUUCUCCGGCAAGGCCAAGAUCACGCCGCUCAAGGGCAUCUUCGACGCCGAGGUCGCCCUGCGCGCCAACAUGAAGGUCGUCCUCAAGGUCGGCGUCGACGCCGAGAUCCGAUUCAGCAAGAGCAUCCAACAGGACCUCUUCGCGUUCGGCCUCCCCGGCCUGUCCUACGGCAUCGUCACGGUCGGCCCGUACAUCUCCGUGGCGGCCAAGGUCGGGUUGGAGGCGGCGGCGCGCGGCAAGCUGCUGGUGGGCGGCGAGAUGGGCCUGACGCAGGCGCAGGCGACGCUGCACAUCUUCGAGCCGAGCCGCAGCUCGGCGUCCGGGUGGACGCCGUACUUCAAGCCGGUGCUGGAGGCCGAGGGGGAGAUCAUGCUGGCGGCCAGCGCGGGGCUGCCGAUCGGCAUCAAGGUCGGCCUGAAGAUUUCUUCGUUUGAGGCGGCGCUGGGCAUCGUGGAGGAGCCGACGAUCAGCGCGGCGGCGCAGGUGGCGGGCGAGGCGAGGUAUACGGAGGCGGGCGGCCUGAUGGCGGGCUUCAAGCCGAUUGACGGGUGCGCGGGCAUCAGCACGAGCUUGAACUGGAGGAACAAGCUGUCGCUGGACAUCCUGGGCGUCAGCUCGCAGGUCCUCCACGACACGGGGUUGCAGCCCAUCGUCAAGGGUUGCAUCAAUUUCAAGAGUUCUCCCCGUCCCAUCGCGAAUGCGGGUGCUCUGGUCUCCGUGGUGCAGAACAAGGGCAGCGUCAACAGCAGCAGUGCUGGCAACAGCAACAUCACCAUGUCUGUCAAGUCGCAAACCAGCACCAGCAUUCGUUUGCCUAGCACAGUGUCCAGUACAGUGUCCAGCACAGCUUCCAGCACAGCUUCCAGCAGCACAGUUUCCAGCACAGCUUCCAGCACAGUAUCCAGCACUCUACACAGCACCGUGCCCAGCAGCUGGCCUGUCGUCCCUUCAAACAGCUCGACAAACAGCUCCUCGAUUAAGUCGACAAACAGCUCGUCCAUUUCACCAGUCAAGCUGCCAAUCACCUCUACCACCACCGCGUCAAUCAGCACUACCAGCCUCCCCAUCAGCUCUCAAAUCAGCAGCACCUCCGUCCAUUCCGCAACCACCACGUCCUCCAGUGCUCCUCCUCCCGCAUCCCCCCUCGAAAGCAGCACGCCCAAAACCAACGUCACCUGCGUCGAGGACGAUGCCACCACCACCCCGCAAGUCUUCAAGGACGGGCACGCCUUCGACCUCGCGCCGCUCCUCACCUCCGCCGGCGGCAGCAUGGUCGCCUCCUGCAACGACGGCAACGUGUACGUCGCCGCCGCCUCCAACCGCACCAGCAAGACGUGCAACGCCCUAUGGCCGACCUCCAAGGAGGCCGUCGUCCCCUUCGACGGCAACCUCAACGUCAUGCACUACUAUGCGGGCGCCAUGGCCGCCGUCGGCGUCUCCCGCCUGCGCGCCAGCCCGCCGCACAAGAUGCCCAACGACGCCGUCGUCGCGGUCCUGGUGCCGGCGCCCGCGGCGGACGGCUCCUUCUUCUACAUGGCGGCCGACGCGAGCGACAAGGUGUUCUACCCGAUCGUGUGCGAGUUUGCGGGUGGCGCGGUGCCGCGUGUGUUCUUGGCCAAGGAGGUGAGCGCGGGAGUGAAGAUGCUGGAGGGCGGAUCGGUGGCCGAGUCCAUCACGGGCGCAAAGGUGGACAGGUGCUUCGGCCUCUCGCUGUCACCACAGCUGUAG